AUGACUUUAACCGGAAUACACCACAUGCAUGGCAAUAUUCGUGUAUACUGGACACUUGAGAUUCAAAAUGAACACGAGCUGAUCUGAUAACAUGUCUGAUUUAAUAAUAACACCGACGGAAGAUGUAAAGCUUCUGGGGGACUCUCCGGAGCGCAGCAACACCAGCGCUGCUCCGGGGCAUCCGCACUUGCAUUCAGGCAUCAUUAUCGCCACUGUUUACGCGCUCCUCAUCACUGCUGGACUAAUUGGUAAUGUGACGCUCAUUAGGACGUUUUGCAUCGUGAAAUCCAUGCGCAAUGUCCCAAAUCUCUUCAUGUCGAGUCUCGCUCUCGGAGACGUGCUGCUGCUGGUCACCUGCGCGCCCGUGGAUGCCAGCAAGUUUCUAGCGGACGAGUGGCUUUUCGGGCGGAUGGGCUGUAAACUCAUCCCGUUCAUCCAGCUGACAUCGGUUGGAGUCUCUGUGUUCACGCUCACAGCGCUGGCAGCGGACAGAUACAAGGCCAUUGUCAAGCCAAUGGAUAUCCAGACCUCUAAAGCCUCGCUGAAGGUCUGCAUUAGGGCUGCAUCAAUCUGGCUGCUCUCCAUGAUCCUGGCCAUUCCUGAGGUGGUGUUCUCUGAUCUACACUCCUUCCACAUCCCAGAAACCAAUGAGACUUUUAAAGCAUGUGCUCCGUACCCUCACGCCGGAGACCUGCACCCCAAAAUCCAUUCAAUGGCCUCCUUCCUUAUUCUGUACAUCAUUCCUCUCUUCAUUAUUUCUGUGUACUACAUCUUUAUUGCCAGGAGUCUGAUUCUGAGUGCUAUUAACAUGCCUGCGGAGGGAAAUGUGCACAUUCAGAGGCAGAUUGAGUCACGGAUACGGCUUGCCAAGACAGUGCUGGUGUUUGUGGGUCUCUUCGCCAUCUGCUGGCUUCCAAACCAUGUGAUUUACCUCUACCGGUCCUACCAUUACACAGAAGUGGACACCUCAAUGGCCCAUUUCAUCUCCAGCGUGUGCGCACGUAUCCUUGCCUUCACCAACUCUUGUGUGAAUCCCUUUGCUCUCUACCUGCUCAGCAAAUCCUUUAGAAAGCAGUUCAACAAGCAGCUUUGCUGCUGUUGCCCAUCCAUAUUGAUGCAUUCACAAAGCGCUAAGCGCAACAAUACACGACUGAGUUCAAUCAAAACAAAUCAAACCCAGAACCACUCUGUGGCCAGCUUCAGCCUUGUCAAUGGAAAUGUUGUCUGCCAUUAGAGCUAAACUAGCUCUACUACAGCUACAUCAUAGAAACAGUUCACUCAAAAAUAAAAAUGGGUCGCCGUGAUUUUGCCAAGUCAGACAUAUUCCUGAAUCAACAACUUUUCAUGAUCCUGGAUCAACAUUAUUGUUCAAAAAUAUUGAAUUAACUUAAUUCCUUCCCCUAAACCUAACUCUACCAAUAAUUUUUUCCUGAAAUCAGAAAUUAUAGCAAGAGUGUAGAAGCACCUAACCCUGAUUGUAAGCCCAAAACAGAUAUUUCCUGAAAAGUUAUAUCUCUAUUUUGAUUGGUUGAUUAGAAUGUUGUUCCAGGAUCAACAAGGAUGUUGAUCUAGGAACAUGUUGUGCUUGGUGAAAUCACGUUCACCAUAAAAUGUACGUCUUGUUUACAAUUCUACAUUUGCAACAGCAUACAGGUUUGUUGAGUACAUAAUUACAGAACUUUUUUUUCUUGUUUUGGGUGAACUGUUCUUUCCAAAGUUUAGCUUUUGCCUGUUGAUUAUUGAUGGAUUGGAUUUUGUAGGUUCAAAAACAUACUAUUACUUGAGACUUGAGACUCCUCAGAUCAAACAAUGGAUGAGAGAAACGGUAGACUUGAUCAGAACUCUAGACAUAUUUUAACAUUUUAAAACCUGAAAAUAGCAAAAAAGUAAUGAUAUGGUCAAGGACAUCUAGUGUAUAUGAAAAAAAUAAUAAUAAUAUCGUAACUAUUAAGUGAAUUGGUGGUUAAUUUGUAUGAAUUUUAAUUAUCUUAUUCAUAUUUUCUCAUGUACUAAUGAUAUCCAGUUUAUCCAGCGCUAUUUGUUCUCUAUGUUCUUAAGUAAAAGCACAGAUGGGAGGUAAAAUUUAUGUGGAUGGUUGAUUUACUAAAAAUGCGCACAUUAAAGAACACAGACGCAACCAGAUAAUUUCCAUAAUGACUAGAGCAAUCUACCAAGAGCAGUGCAAAUUGCCGCCUGCACAAAUACCAGUAAACUGACAAACCAAAAAGUUUGUUAAUUGUGUUGCGUGAUUCAUUUUAAUACCCUCCUCCUUUAAAUUUUGUGUCUGAAAUGGAAACUCGAAUAUUAAAUAAGGUCAGAUGCAAAAAUAACUGUCCACGCCAUUUCAGGACUAAUUCUUCAAUGCACAUCUUUAAUAAAUCCUAACAGUACUGUUUUAAAACCAAAAAACAGUUUGUGCUGCGCAGGUGCCACUGAAGUAGCAAACCCACUUCAAUGUGAAGGAAUGAACAAAGAUUGAACUCAAUAGAUAUGUCUUUAGUUUUGUUUGUGGUAUUUGCAUAGAUGGUUUUUGAUGAUGUCUUGCCAUUCUAAUGUAUUUAUAAAGGUAACUGGGACUGAGAUUAUUCUAAAUAUGUGGAUAUUUUUCAUGGAGAUUUUUGCUUUUACGUUAACAGAGGUUGAUUCAGAAAAAUCGCGUCUUUCAUUGCUUUUAAAUGUGAACAAAAAUAGCAUCCUUGUUUACUUUAAAUGACAAAAGUGACAAAAAAAAAAAAAAAACUGUUGGCUAAUGUUCUGCUGAAUUAUUUCAUCAGUAUCAGAAUCAGAAUGAGCUUUAUUGCCAGGUAUGUUUACACAUACGAGGAAUUCGUUUUCGUGAUAGAAGCUCCGCAGUGCAACAGAAUGACAGAGAAAGAACAAAAAAAAAAUAAAAAACAUAAUAAAAAAAAUAAAUAAAAAAAAUACAAAUAAGUAGGUAAGGAAUGACAAAUUGACAAUGGUAUGGCAGGUAUAUUACAAAAAGCAGUUAUGUAUGUACAGUUAUAUUAUGUGCAAAAUUUAAGUGUACACUAAGUAUGUGUGUUAGCUUGUAUACAAGGUAAAUCAUGAUAGGAAAUGGGUCGGAUUUGCUGAAGGACACAUGCUUUUGUGGUGCCUUUAGGGGAUAAUUGUUUGUAUUUCCAAGAUAUAGAACAUAUUUUCUCCAUUGCUGUUUUGUGGCUCAGUCCGUUCUUGAUGCUUUUUUAUUGUGUUUGCCAAAGAGCAUAGUAGCAAACUGAUGCAGCUUUUCAUUUUGUAGAUGUUGUAUACUGCCGUCCUUUUAUCUAAAAAGGCCACUAAGUUAGAAAGAAAACCUUUUGUCCAGUAUUGAAGUUAUCAAUAGAACAGAAUGUGCAAUCAUGUUGUUGUUGUGUACUUGUGAUCUUGUUUUACAUGAAGAAACUCAAGUGUAUUUGACUUUGUGAAUAAAAUGGUGCAUUUUACCCGCUAAAA